CAGAUGAGAUCGCGUGGGCUUGGGAUGAGACGAUGCAUCUAACCUUUGCACAAAUGUACUACAUAGGGUAAAGUGCGCGGAACUGUGGGGAUCCCCGUUAACAUUAGAAGCUCUGUCGACACAAUGUCGGCGUCCCAACUUCCUAGCAUCGACGACCAGCUCGUCACGCCUGCCAAUCCGCCCCGAACAGACCGAGAUGGCAUGGACUAUGAGCGAUGCGCUGCCCUCCAUAACUAUCUUCUGGACUACUGCCUAGCGAUAGAGGGUCGGCUCGAUCAAGUCACUGAGGGCAGCCGUGCCACGUACUGGAGCGAGCAUGGCGCUGCAGCCGAGGCUCUUCGCCCAAGACUGCACCACUCUGUGGUCGCCUUCCUAGAAAGGGCGUAUGAGUUCGAUGACGAGAACCCACUCUCCUAUUUUGUUGCGAACAUGCGAUUACCAGGGGACGGUUCAGCGUUCCUCCUCGACAAUGAACUCGCUGACUUAUUGGAUCAGCCCGAGGACUCCGUUGUGUUUCUGUACAUGGCCAGCUGUGAAUCGUUUGACGAUGACGCAGGCGGCGGCGGCCUGCUCUAUCACCAGGGCCGUCACCAGGCCACAUUUGCUGCGUACCCCGAGCACACGGAAUGUGCGUUCCCGAUGGAUCAACACCCGCAGAGCUGGCAUGCCUUCGAGACCAUCCUUUCCCACUGGAUAGACCUGAUCCAUCUCGGCAAGGUCGUGGCCUCUCCCAUCGCCAAAGAGGACCGACGCGAUGGCUUUAAGGUUGGGAACUGGGAGUGGUGGUCCUAUGGGGACGGCCAGAUUGCGACCUGCGUCGCGGCGUGGGAUCGACUCUGCCACGCCAUCGAGGCCCGCCGUCGGCCGCCGGGCGCGGGCCAUGUCGACAAUAUGGAUGACAAGGAAGUCUUCAGCGAACAUGAACCCUUGCUCACGCCGGCGGCCUUGGAUGCAGCCAACGUCCCGGAUCCAUCUUUUGCGCGCGGCUUCCUGAGCCGCGCACGUCGUCCCCGACACAUCCAACAGAUCGCCCCUGGACUCUCUCUUCCUCCGGCCGACGCGACUACGUUUGCCGCGGCCCAGCGCUUCACCAAUCUGCCCCGACGCGUGCGCCAGUACUACGACUCAUGGGAGGAAGGCAUCGUGCCGCCCGUGUACAUGUUCUUCAGCAAGGGCGGCGUUCCGGAGGUGGACAUUUCAGACUGGAAUACCUCGUUCCAGCUCCACUGGAGCAACGGCCAGCGCAAAAUCGCAGACGACAUCCCAUUCCCACCAAGAGUCCCCCGUGGCGUCUAUAGUGAAUGUGUCGUCCGAUCCCACGCUCAUGCCACCGAGGAAGGGUUCCGGCUGCUGCUCCCUUUUACCGUACCUGGGGCGCUCUAUAGUGACGGGAAUGACAUACGGAACUUCCACAACGAAGUAGACGAGCUAUUCCAGCAUGGCUUCAAGCCUCUUGGGGGAGAGGCGUACCGGACCCAGCGACUGGAGCGCUUGUUUGACCACUUUGCAAGCCUCGUCGAGCGGGGUGUCUGGUCGGUCGGGCCGCACGGGGUGCAGGGCUCCAUCGAUGUGUUCAAGGAUGCCGCGGUGCAUUGUGAGGACUAUAGGAUCCCAUCGACAUGGUGAAAUGCCGCAGUCGCCAUGGAUCGAGCUGCACCAGAAAUGGGAGGCUG